CUGUGCUGCGUUUUAUUCCACCCGUGCUGGGAAGAGAAGAAGACGUAGCAAAACAAAAAACGCCGUCCUCGGUUGAAAUAACUGCAUUUGUUUAUUAAGGUGAAGAAUGUCCCGAGAGCAGCUGGUGGUUCAGCAGGCCAGGAAGGCCUUCCUAACGGGAAGAUCGAAACCCCUGGAUUUCAGAACUCAGCAGCUGAAAAACCUAAAGCGGUUCAUCACAGAAAGACAGAAGGAGAUCACUGAUGCUCUCAAAAGGGACUUGAACAAGAGUGAGAAUGCAACCUUGUUUUAUGAGCUUCUUGGCCUUGAGGGAGAGAUCAACCUGGCUCUCAGCAAGCUCUCAGAGUGGGCGGCCCCACGACCUGUGACCAAAAACCUUCUCACAAUCUCAGAUGAGGUGUUCAUUCAGCCAGAACCUCUUGGUGUGGUGCUCAUCAUUGGAGCGUGGAAUUAUCCCAUAACUGUUACCCUUCAGCCACUUGUGGGAGCUAUUGCUGCAGGUAAUGCAGCAGUGGUGAAGCCUUCAGAAGUCAGCGUUCACACAGCCAAGGUCAUGGAGCUCUUGCCUCUCUAUUUGGACCCGGAGAUGUACCCAGUGGUGACCGGUGGGGUUCAAGAGACGCAGGAAUUGCUGAAGCAGCGUUUUGACCACAUCUUCUACACAGGGAGCAGCACAGUGGGCAAAGUGGUUAUGAAAGCUGCUGCACGUCACCUCACACCAGUGACUCUGGAACUGGGAGGAAAAAGUCCCUGUUACAUCGAUAAGGACUGUGACCUCAAAAUCGCCUGCCGGCGCGUUACAUGGGGGAAAUAUGUCAACUGUGGUCAGACAUGCAUUGCACCAGAUUACAUCCUCUGUGAACCCAGCAUCCAGAACAAAGUAGUGGAGGAGAUAAAAAAAUGCAUUAAGGAAUUUUAUACAGAGGACCCCAAGACCUUCAGAGAUUAUGGACGUAUCAUCAAUCAGCGACAUUUCAAGAGGAUAAUGGCUCUGAUUGAGGAUAGCACCGUGGCUGUUGGAGGAGAAAAUGAUGAAUCCCAGUGCUACAUUGCUCCCACUGUGUUAAAGGAUGUAAUCCCAGAAUCAAAAGUGAUGCAAGAGGAGAUCUUUGGGCCUGUACUGCCAAUCGUCCCAGUAAAUGGAGUGAAUGAAGCCAUCCAGUUCAUCAAUGAGAGAGAGAAACCUUUGGUGUUGUAUGUUUUCUCUUCCAGUAAAAAGGUAAUCAAGCAGAUCUUAGCAGAGACAUCCAGUGGAGGACUGUUGGCCAAUGACUGUCUUGUUCACUUUACCAUCAGUGACUUGCCUUUCGGUGGUGUUGGUAAAAGCGGGAUCGGUCAUUACCAUGGCAAAUACACUUUCAAUCAGUUGAGUCACCUGCGCAGCUGUCUCAUCAAAAAGCUGAGCAUGGAGAGGGUCAAUCAGAUGCGCUAUCCUCCCCACUCUGUGGAGAAAGUGCGCUGGGCGCGUUUGCUUCUCCUGAAGCAGGUGAACUUAGGCCGAUGGCGCCAGCUGGCACAUGCCGCGAUGCUGGCAGCGCUGGCAGCUUUCGUGAUACAGAGAUUCUUGCGAUAAGGCAGCUGAAAUGGAAUGCUUGCAGGCCUGUAUAUGGUUCUCCUGAAAACUCUUUUGAUAAUGAUUUAUGCCACUUUUAUUGUUGGUCUAUUAAACCUUAUCUGAGGAAUGUCGACCAUCUUUAAUCAUUAAUUUGCAGUCAUGAUAACUCUUGAGUAGUUAGAACAGUAUCACUUACAAAAAACAUGUAGAGAUGUAUGAAACAAACAUGCACAGAAAUGUAUAAAGUAAAAAAAAGUAAAAAGACAAGACCAUGAUAUUUCCACAAGAACACAUAAGCAAACAUGCAAAGGCUUAACUACAGUAAAAAGACUCUAAAUGACAAUGAGGACGAGAGAUGAGCGAGUUAGGGGGCGAGAGCAAUGUCAGGUGUCUCCCUCAUUUAUCACAGACUUGGUCAAAGCAGGUAUACCUUAAUGCAAAUAAAAUGUAAAUUAGACAUGCCACACACAUAUUUCCUCAUCAUAACUUAGCUUUUAUAAUGGAGACUUUGAUUAGUCCUGAGCAUAAAAUUACCGGUUGAGUUCAAUCAAUCAGUAAUGUCUUUCAUGCGCAUCCUAAUGACACCUGCAUUCAGUUGCUCCCAGCCAGUUCUACAAUGAUGGAGGUGCACAGUUCUAGCUGUAUUACGACAGACCAUGCCACUAUGUCUGGUGGGAUAGGUUGGAGAUGGGUGUGAACAAGUCCUUAUUUUGUUAAAAUAGCUUUCUCAAGAGACAAUCACUCUCCACGCCCUGGGAUGGUCAUGACGAAAGACCACACAACACAAACAUCCCCGAGAUAUAAAAGUCCAUUCCUAGGUAUGAGAAAUGUAUUCUCAGGAAAAAUAAUUAAAAGAAUGAUGAUAUGAUUAGAGGAGAUAAUCUAUAUAAUCUGUAUUCCACAGUAUAUUCCACAGAUAAUCUGUACACCCCUUUGAAUGUAAAUAGGAUUUUUUGUAUAUUUCAGAAAAUUAUCCUCUUUGUUUUAGAACUGUAACUGUUAUUAUUUAUAGAUUACACAGUCGUAUGCAAAGGUUUGAACAUUCCUUGUCAAAUGACAUGUUCUGUUGAAGUAAAAAUGAUUUACCAUAUCCUCAUACAUGGCAUUUUCCUUCAUAUUGUUUUAAUACACAAUAUCUUUAUUUGCUGAGUUUAACAUAUUUAAAGAUAAAAUAUAAAAUGGGCCCUAUCGUUUUCAGAACAUAGUUUGUGUUAUUUUUUUUCCCCAAUAUGUUAAAUUCAGUAGCUGUACUUCCAAACGUGCCAAUGUGUGUUCUCCGUAGAGAAAAUAUGCUUAUGUUCACUUAAAAAAAAAAAAAUCAGCAACAUAUAAUUGAAACGGCACUCAAACUUGUGUUUUCAGGAAAUGUACCUUAAAACAUGUCUGUAUUUGAGUUUCUUUUCCUUUCUAGAUCAAACACUUUUGGAAGUACAGUAGACUUUGGCCAACAUGGAGUAAAAUCAGGUGCACUGAGCAAAUGAAAGGUCGUGGACAGUUGCUUGAUAUGUGCAGGGUGUGCAAACUUUGUGAGCUCAUAAUGAACAUAUUUCAUGGAUUUCUUCUCACUUUUUGAAAUAAAAGUUUGUUGUAGUAUGUAAA